AUGGAAUGCAUCCAGUAUAGACAUUCCAUGGUGGAUGACCAAUCAUCAUCCAUUGAACUCAUCUUUGUGACAUCCUUAGAUGAACACCAUAAUAGAUCUUAUGAGAAUGGACUUUAUGAAAAUCAAGCUUAUGGUUUUAAGCUUUGUGAGAAAUCAAAAGACCCUUUGUCUGAGUGGAGUGCCUGUCUUCAUCAUCGCUUCUCCAAUGUAGUUGAAAGACUUGGAGGGCAAAAAGAUGAAAAUCAAGCUUAUGGUGUUACGCUUUGUGAUAAAUGGAAACAACCUCAAUCCGAGUGGAGUGUCUGUUUUCAUCACCGCUUCCUCAAUGUAGUUGAAAGACUUGGAGGAAAGAAAGGUGCAACUCCAAAAGCCAUUCUGGAACUGAUGAAUGAAAAGGACCUAACAUUAAAUCAAGUUAGGAACCACUUUCAGAUUGGUGUUGAGGGGAAGAAUAAUGACGCACCAGAUAAUUUGAUGAUGUCUAGUGAUGAAAACCCGACCAGGGCCAUCUUCCUCGGCAAAAACUUGUGUGAGACCGUCUCACUGUAA